AUGGCUCCUCGCAAGAUCAUCAUAGAUACUGACCCUGGUGUCGACGACAUACUGGCGAUGCUACUGGCUUUCUCGUCACUACCCGAGGAACUGGAAGUGCUCUUGAUCUCAGUCACAUAUGGCAAUAUCGAUCUGGCCAAUUGUCUUCGCAAUGUUGUCUCACUUUUCUAUCACAUCGAUCAAGAGAUCGAAUGGAGGGAAGGUCAGGGCCGCCGAGGGGGCUUCGAGACUCUUCGCAAGACAAGACCUUUAGUCGCUGUCGGGCCGGAGCAUCCUCUCAGGGACGACAAGCUGAUGGCCGACUUCUUUCAUGGCACGGACGGUUUAGGUGGCAUACAUGACAGUCACCCACACCUGACGCCCGAUAACGCCUGGAAAGAGCUGUUCGAAACAGCUCACGCCAAACAACAGGACGAUCAAGACAACUUCGCCGUGGCUAGCCAGCUCUCCAAGAAACAGCCAAUGUUCGAGCCAUCGAAGCAACCAGCACAUAAGGAGAUCUUGCGGCUGUUACGGGAGAACGAGCCUGACCGUAUCAGUAUCGUUGCAAUUGGACCAUUGACGAAUCUGGCCAUCGCAGCUGCAGAAGACCCAGAAGCGUUCCUACGCGCAAAGGAUAUCGUGGUUAUGGGAGGCACGAUUGAUCUGCCAGGCAAUGUACGUCACUCACAGCCAUAUCCACAGCAUAUCCUUAUAUCAGAGCCAGCCUUCCGAUUGAUCAAGGCAGCCCCUGGUCCAAUAAGAGAGAUGCUGAACCGAAGAAACCAGAUGACUCCUGUCGCCGAGUUCAACACAUUCGCAGAUUCGUAUGCAGCCGCAAGAGUAUACGCACUCACCUCACCAACGCCAAGGACGACUUUGCCACCUGUCCCACCAGCACCUCCUGGUAGAAAGGAGGGUACGGCAUCGCCACCGUUUCUUGAUCCGUAUCCGGAGCACUUAUCGCGGAGGCUCGACGUCAAAUUGUUUCCGCUAGACAUCACGGAGCGCCAUCUCCUGACUCGAGGCAAGUUCCAGGAAGUGAUUGGCCCAUUGCUCCAAGCCAAGUCGCCAUUAGCAGAGUGGGUUUCGGCAUUUCUAAACUCGACCUUCAACAAAGUCGAGUCGCUCCAGAACAACGUCAGUGGUGAUGCUGUACCAUUGCAGCUACAUGAUCCGCUAUGUGUAUGGUACUGUAUGGCCUCCAGCGACCCGAAGUGGAACAUCACCGAUGACGAAGACAUUCGGGUCGAGACGGCGGGGCAGUGGACUCGAGGUAUGUGUCUGGUCGAUCGUCGUAGCCGGCGGAAACUGGAGGACGACUAUGUUGGCGAGCGAGCUGGAGACAGCGGGAAUUGGUUGAGUCUGAAGGCAGGGAACAGGAUGGGGAGGUGCGUGGGUACUCCGGGUGAGGAGACCUUUGGUGGAUACAUGCUUGAGCGGAUCUUUGCACUGUAG